CUGGCAGGGUGCACUGAAGGCGGCCAGGCAGGGAGCGAGAGAGGAAGAAGGCGCCGCAUCCUCCUCCUCCUUUAUCUGUGAAUAUCCUGCCGAUCCUUCCCGUGGCACGCCUCCUCUAGCACCAUGGCGGCACUCGGGCAGCUGAUCUUCGAUGAGUACGGCAAACCCAUCAUCAUUUUGAAGGAUCAGGACCACCAGAAGCGAUUAACAGGGAUUGAUGCUCUGAAGUCUCACAUCCUGGCGGCCCGGAGUGUCUCUUCCAUCCUGAGCUCAUCCCUGGGGCCUAAGGGUCUGGACAAGCUGAUGGUGAGCCCUGAUGGGGAUGUCACGGUCACCAAUGAUGGCGCCACUAUCCUCAAGAUGAUGGAUGUGGAGCACCAGAUCGCCAAGCUUAUGGUGCAGCUCUCCCAGUCACAGGACGAUGAGAUUGGUGAUGGCACGACUGGUGUUGUAGUACUGGCUGGAGCAUUGCUGGAGAAGGCCGAAUACUUGCUGGACAAGGGGAUCCACCCCAUCCGUAUCGCUGAUGGUUAUGAGCUCGCUGCCAAGAAGGCCAUCGAAAACUUGGAGAAGAUAGCCGAAGAAUUUCCCGUCGACACGAACAAUCUCGAACCCCUGAUCUUGACCGCAAUGACCACCCUUGGGUCAAAGAUCAUCAACCGCUGUCACCGGCAGAUGGCGAAAAUCGCUGUGGAUGCCGUCAUGGCAGUGGCUGACAUGGAGACGCGGGACGUGAACUUUGAGCUUAUCAAGGUGGAGGGUAAGGUUGGAGGAAAGCUGGAAGACACGAUGCUGGUGAAGGGUGUGGUGGUGGACAAGGACUUCUCCCACCCACAGAUGCCCAAAGAACUCAAGGAUGUUAAGAUGGCCAUCCUCACCUGCCCCUUUGAGCCCCCCAAGCCCAAGACCAAGCAUAAGCUGGAGGUCAGCACCGUGGAGGAGUACAACGCUCUCUACCAGUACGAACAAAAGCAGUUCACGGAGAUGGUGGACAAGGUGAAGGCCGCUGGAGCCAAUCUUGCCAUUUGCCAGUGGGGCUUUGACGAUGAAGCCAACCACCUCCUCCUCCAGAAGCAGCUGCCUGCCGUGCGAUGGGUGGGUGGCCCAGAGAUCGAGCUUAUCGCCAUUGCCACAAAUGGUCGCAUUGUGCCACGCUUCGAGGAGCUGUCGCCAGAGAAGCUGGGGACAUGCGGCAAAGUGCGUGAGCUGUCCUUCGGCACAACCAAAGACAAGAUGCUGGUGAUUGAGGACUGCCCCAACACUAAGGCCGUGACCAUCUUCAUCCGUGGUGGCAACAAGAUGAUCAUUGAGGAGGCCAAGCGCAGCAUCCACGAUGCCCUGUGUGUGGUGAGGAACUUGGUGCGCAACAACAAGAUCGUGUACGGUGGUGGUGCUUCUGAAGUGUCCUGUGCCUUAGCUGUGUCUGAAGAAGCUGAUAAGAUUUCUACCCUGGAGCAGUAUGCAUUCCGUGCUUUUGCUGAUGCCCUGGAGAGCAUUCCUUUGGCUCUUGCUGAAAACUCGGGUCUUUCUCCCAUCCACACCCUGUCAGAGUGCAAGGCUAGACAGAUUACCGAGAAGAAUGCUGCGUUAGGCAUCGAUUGCAACCAGAGUGGAACAUGUGACAUGAAAACUCAGCAUGUGAUUGAGACCCUUCACAGCAAGAAGCAGCAGAUCCUUCUGGCCACCCAGCUGGUGAAGAUGAUCCUCAAGAUUGAUGACAUCCGCACCCCGGGAGAGUCCAUGCAUGGCUAACACACUCGUCACAAUAGUCUGCUGCAACACUGGUGAUCUCUAAUACACUAAUACUGCCUCUUCUGCACACACCUAAUAUACUUUACAGUAUAAAACAUAUACUAAGCUUGAUAAAUAAAUAAAAUAAAUUAA